AUGGAGGAGUCAGGCACCUUUAGUUCGUCCUUCACGGCGAAACAGCCUUUUCCGCCUCUGCUAGCUGAAGACAUUGCACCGGACGAGCAUGAGAGCUAUGAAGACGACGUGACCUCCCCCGGCUAUGAAGAGAUCGAGGUGGAGGACGACGCAGACUUUCAGUCGCAUUACUCGCUAGAACAUCAAUCUUUUUCAGACUCCGACUCCGAUGACUCGGCCGAUGAAAUUGGUCGCAAUCAUCCAUUCCGCCAAUCCUCCAGCUCCCUCCACGGCCCCAAUGCAUUCGCGCCUCCAUUCUACAACCGUCCGCCUACGCCGUUACCGCCCUCCCCUUCUUUGACCUCGCUUCUCAGACCACCCUUUUCAACUACGACGUCACGUCCGACAACUCCAGACAGUUCGGAUGUAGAAACACCCAAUGAUACCGAGGCGGCGGUCGCCAAGUCCGCACGUCGCGCAACCACCGUCCCGCGCGCCAGCCCGAAAGUACCUACAUAUGAGUACUAUGGGUUUGUCUUGUACUUAGCUUCGUCAUUGGCAUUCCUAUUCUAUCUCCUGUGGUCCUACCUUCCAUCCCCGUUCCUUCACCAGCUCGGUAUCUACUACUACCCAAACCGGUGGUGGUCACUAGCCAUCCCCGCAUGGCUUGUCAUGCUUCUGAUCUACAUAUACGUUGCGCUUGCGACAUACAAUACGGGCUAUCUCACGCUACCCAUGCACAGCAUCGAGAACAUCGUUGACGAGGUAGCCAAUGUAUCCGUGAUUGAUGGAAAGGCGCGACGAAGACCUGGCGGUGCGACGAAAAUGAAACCUGGCGCGACAUCCUACCAAAUUAUGGGCCCUCAGAACCGCAAAGUCAAUUGGCGGGAGAUCUGGAGCGAAGGAACCGAUGCGGUCAUGGACGUGCCAGUUGGAGGUGUAUGUGAGGUGUUAUAUGGUCAGGAUAGAGAUGAGGACUUCGAUGAACUCACUACAGACCUAUAG